UUGCGCCUGUCGCCAGUAAUUAUAUCUUAUAGCCAAGCUAUCACAUCGUGGUGUCGUGGGCUUGGCUUCUUUGUCUCAUUUGUCUGAUUAAUUGGGGAUUACAUGCUGAAAACUAAAUUAUUGGAAGUGGUUGGAAAUCGGGAAUGAGACUAAAUUCUCUAAUAUUACAAAUUAUGAUAAAGCACUUCGAUUUUUGAUGAAGUAGAGCUCAGUGACUAUUUCCAAUGGUUUGGCAAAUUACAUUACCUACAGGGAUCAUACAUGAGGCUUUGAAUGUAGUGUUAUCAUUUGAUCCGCUGACUGCCGCAGAGAAAAGACCAUUCGGAGGCAGUGGCGAGUGUGUGGUGCUAUAGUGUUAUUUGGGUCCUACGCAGCAGCUGGCACCUACCAGGAAAAACACUGAGGUCUACCGAACGAGCUGAACGGCACAAGCAGUGCCAUCCUAUCUAUUGGGAACACGCCUGGAGAAUUCCAAGCAAAGACAACAGACGUUCAUCGCUACACUUAGAGGCCAUUAGCUGACACCAUGUUUUGUUUUCACUGUCCACCUACUCUCCACCCCGCUGCCAGACAAUUUGGAAUGGAUUUGGCUUAUCAACACCACCAUCCAUAUUCUGGUUAUGGGCUGCAUACUGAUUUCCAAGAUGAUAGUUUUGCUAGACGGAAACAACGGAGGAAUAGAACAACUUUCACGCUCCAACAGCUUGAAGAGCUUGAGAAAGCGUUUGCCCAAACACAUUAUCCUGAUGUUUUCACUCGAGAAGACUUGGCCAUGCGAAUCAAUUUGACAGAAGCACGUGUACAGGUGUGGUUUCAAAAUCGUCGAGCUAAAUGGAGAAAAAGUGAGCGGUUUGCUCAACAACAGACCAAACCAAACAACAAUCAGAAUGAUACGGGGAACGAGGAUGGUAACUCAGAGAUAGAUAUGAAAAUGCAAGAAGGUGGCGAAGAUCUCGAGGUUGACACAGUGACAAGUUCGGACGAUUUAGAUGACUCUUUACUUCCGGAUGACAUAGAUGUUCACCCGGAACGGGGCGGGGAUACCAUCGGUAAAAGUGACUCGUUUGAUAUCAAUUCCGAAACGAAAGACCAAACACACUGUAAUGAUAUUGAUGAAUGUAAAGAGGAACCUGACACCAAUACAAUCUCUCAGGAUAAUGAAAUAGGCCAAACGUCUUCUUCAGAUUUAUCAUCGUCAUCGAACAGUAAUGAAAUGGAUGACAACAAAAAUAACUUAACCGACAAAAUCGCCGAACCAACCUCUGACAAUUCUGAAACCGAGACCAACAACUCGGAAUCGGGAGGAACUAGUCACACAUCUCAAGCCAUCCCUAACUUAUUGUCGACGGGAAUGCCACACGGAAUGUGUUCUUCGUCAUCUAUGUUGAUGAAUAUUGCCAAUCAAACUCAGGAAAACAUCAUGCAGAAACAACAGCCAUUCUUGCAGAACUCUUUUGUGCAAACAUUGCUUGCUCUGAACAACAACGCUACAUCACGGCCAGCAGGCUUGAUGCCGUUUAUGGAAGGAGCUGGCUACAAGAACUACUUGGACAACUACUUCACUCCCAGACACUUCCUACCUCAUGUGGCACAUCCUGCUUUUAAAGCGGCAUGUCUUCCUUUCUGCGCCUGCUGCACUACGAGACCGAGUUGUCCCCCUUUGAUGGUUCCCCCUGACCAGAGAACAUCCAGCGUUGCGGAACUCCGUCGUAGGGCACGUGAACACUCGGAAUCAAUAACGUCAUCAAAUGUUCCUGACACCCCACACAGUAGCCGGCCAUGAUACAUCACAGCGACCUCUGAAAUAAAUGGUGAUUAAGGGGACAUAACUACCUAUCAUUGACAUAACUGUAGUGCAAGGAAUUUGACACUUUCCCUUUCCACAAUGUAGCAGAGCAUUGCACGAAUGCACUUACUGACCAUGGACACGUACAGAGAGUUGGUGCAGUCCGGAACCUAAGGCAUGGCUAGCUUUGCAGAUUCCUAAGGCAUCCAUGGAUUAGUGAAAUGUUAAUUAUUUCUACGACUUUGAUCUACCAAAGAAUACUGUGUCAUUUUAUAUGACGACAUUCCUCUUUGUUGUUGCUUUGUUUUUAUUGUACCUGUUAAAUUAUUAUACCUCCUAUUGGCUGUCUAAAUGUGCUUUUAAUAAAAAUAAAAU